CCUCUGUUUUGUUCCAGGUUUAGGUUAAGUUUAUAAAGGUCAACUGACCAUUUUGAAACUAGGCUAUUUUGAGACUGAAUAGAGAUCAUGUGACGGUUGACACAUUAGACAACGCGUUCCUUCUGCAACCACACAUGCAGUUCAGAUUGGCUCUGCACAACUUUCUUUUAGAAGUUGUUUUUAACUUGUAUUCAAUUAGUCUAGUAUUGACCGUAGAAAGAAUAUUCUAGCAACAUACUGCUACAAACUAACUGUAUGACCGGAAUUAAAGCGAAUCAGAUUAUCCAAGAUAUUGAAUGUUAAAUGAAAUCAGGAUUCUAUCCAAUAACCCUUUGUCAAAAAGAAUGCCACCAAGUUAACAUUCUUAUAGAUUAGUUUUUUAAAGAAAUGAAUUUCAGAACUAUAAAAGGAGAUAUUAAAACAAGAAAAACGCCAAAGUAAUUUUAAUGGUAAAUUGAUAAACGGUUUCGGAUAAAAAUUCUCAUAUUCUAUUUAAAUCGAAAUGAAACUAUAUAUACUUUGAUCAAGUAUUUCUAUCACUUUUGUGUACAUUGACAGAAUAAAACAAAAAAAAAUUUGGGGGAUGAGAGCUCAUCCUGUUAUAGCUUUUAUUUUAUGAAAUUUGGAGCUGUUAAUUGCAAAGAUGUAUAAAAAGAAGUAUUUUAUUUACCACUCAGUUAUAGAACGCCGCCCCAUUUUAUCGUCAUCAAAAAUGAGUGUAUCAAGUGUUGAAAGUGCUUCCCCUAUCAAAACCACUAAAAGGGAAGCACUUGUCACCUCCAUUUCAACAUGUCCACCUGUCACUCCACUCACCACAAUAUGCGCGCUCAUCUUGUUGGUAGCCCUCAUUUACGGCACCCUCUGGGGCCUGACUGGUUCAAUGGCCCUACCUGGUGGCCCCAUAUUCGGAUUAUUUGCACUAGUCGUCGUUUGUUAUCUAGGAGGACAAUUCAUGAGGAUCCUCAAACUUCCCACACUAGUAGGGAUGAUGGUUUUCGGUUUUGUCCUGCGCAAUGUACCUCACAUCAACGUAGCCAAAGACAUUCCAGAGGAAUGGGCUGGAAACAUUCGUAAUAUGGCCCUUAUCCUCAUCCUCCUGCGAGCUGGCCUCGAGGUGGACGCCGACGUCUUGAAGAAUAACAAGAGCACCUGCUCAAAACUCAUCUUCAUACCUUUCAUAGCGGAGUUCAUUGCAGCAGGCAUUUCAGCUCACUACUUACUCUACAUGCCAUGGAUAUGGAGCUUUCUCAUGGCAUCGAUGUUAGCUGCAGUGUCUCCGGCCGUCGUGCUUCCCGUUAUGUUGAAAUUGCAAAAGAAAGGCAUCGGCGUUACCAAUGGAGUGCCAACUAUGGUGAUCGCGGUGGCCGGUAUAGACGAUGUGCUGGCCCUUUCAGCAUUUGAGGUCCUCUUAGGAAUAACUUUCGCUACAGGUACCUUAGGUUGGACUAUUGCACAAGGUCCUCUCGAAAUGAUUGCUGGUAUUAUUUAUGGUAUUCUUUUAGGAGUCAUUGCAUGGUACAUUCCGAAUCCAGAUGAGAAAAGCACUUCCGUGUUCCGCUUCCUGAUCUUGUGUUUCGGCGGAAUGUGCGUUCUGUUUGGCAGCCAGGCUCUUAACUGGGGUGCCGCCGGUGCUCUGGGUUGUAUAUGUCUGCCUUUUGUUGCUGCCAUCAGAUGGAAGCAGAAGGAUUGGGACGAUGAUAACAAUCCUGUUGGCGAUGCGUUGGCUUUUGUUUGGAGGAUCAUUGAACCUUUCUUAUUCGGCCUGAUUGGUUCAGAAAUCCGAAUUGAUUACUUACAACCAAAUAUAGUUGGUCUUGGUCUGGCAACAAUGUUCAUCGGUAUUGCUGCGCGUAUGCUCGCAGCUUUUGCAUCUGCAUUUUCAGCAGGCCUAACACUUAAAGAACAAAUUUUUGUCACUUUUGCCGGUUUACCUAAAGCAACUGUGCAGGCUGCGAUAGGUCCUGUAGCUCUUUCAUUAGCCAAAAAGCUUCAACUGGGACCUGAAAUAGAAGAGUUUGGAAUAAUGAUCCUGACGACAGCUGUAUUGUCUAUCUUAAUUGCAGCACCUUUAGGCGCAACUUCCAUCGCACUCCUUGCCCCUCGACUGCUAGAAAGAGAUGUGAACAGCAGUAUUCGUGAAAAACCGAAACCUGAUAUUCCAGACACCCAUGUUCCCAUGUAUGACAGUCAAAACUCUUACCAUUCUUAUGGUACCAAAGACGAUGGUAAAUUACCAAGCAUUAGUAACGAAACUAGUAACAAUAUAUAUAGUAUUGAAAAACUAUGAUAGAAAGCAAAAAUGCACUGCUAUAAUAAAUCAAGAAGUAUUCCAAGCUGACAAGUUCUGCAGUGACUUUCAAGUCAGUGCUAUACAAGUGUACAUAAUAUGUUUCAAUGUUGUAAUACCUCAUGUUGUGUCAGUAUAAGCGUUGUUCAAAGAACUUUGGUGUUUCCAAACGCUUUGAUCAUAAAAGUUCUGAAAGAAGAUUUGUGCGAGUUAAGAAAUGACUUCAAGCAUAAGAAAUUUACUAAAUAUCUGCAAAUAUAUGAUAAUAGGUAGCUGUUAGUUUUUACAGUGAAUAGAAAAUAUUUAUAGCUAACGUGCUAGAAUAAUAGAAUUGAUGAAAUUUGAAAAUGGGGCAGACUUUAUUUAUGAAAGUAACAUUGAUAAAACUAAACAUUAAAAUCAGAAAAUUCACUUUUAAAAAUUAAAAUAAAGAAAGCAAGCAUGCUUCAAAAUAAAUAAAUAACUAAAAUAAAGAUUGCAUCAUCUAUUAGUUAAAAAUAAUUUUUUUUAUUUUUGUAUUUAAAAGUAUUAUGUACAAAAAAAGUAGGUA